AGUAAACUGCGGGUGCAGAACACCAACCAGUCCCUGUUCUACCUGGAGGACAGUCGCGUGCGUGUCAACUGCUCCGUGGCGUCCCAGACCAGCCAAGACUCCCAGCAUGCCGUGCUCUGGUAUGUGCGCCGCGCGGUGGGUGCUGAGGCCGAUGAACUGCUGCUGAGGAUCGAGCGCUCGGGUGCGUUUGAAUACGGCGCGUAUGCGGACGAGGAGAGGUUGAGGCGACGGGUGCAGGCUGAGAGGCUGUCGCCACGGCUUUACGCGCUGACACUGAACAGGGCGGAGAGCAGCGACUCUGGGACGUACUACUGCCUGGUGGAGGAGUGGCUCACAGACCCAGAUGGAGUCUGGUACAGACUGGCACGGGACUCCUCAGGCUUCACACAGGUCCUAGUCAGACAACCAGGUGAGGAGGGAACAAGGGGAGGGAUAUAGGGAUGGAUGGGAUGAAGCCUGGUACAAACUGGCACGGGGCUCCUCACUCAGCCUUUACACACAGAAAUCUUCCUAAGAGAAAUAGCAAGAGCCCAGUCUCUCUCUCUCGAUCGCUCUCUCUCUCUCUCGAUCGCACUCUCUCUCUCUCUCUCUCACCUUCCCUCUCUCUCUCUCUCUCUCUCUCUCUCUCUCACCUUCCCUCUCUCUCUCUCUCUCUCUCUCUCUCUCUCUCUCUCUCUCUCUCUCUCUCUCUCUCUCUCUCUCUCUCUCUCUCUCUCUCACCUUCCCAUUUACACCAGAGAUCUGUAUAUAAUGAUGAGAUGCUCAUUUCUCCAUGCUAACAAUGGGAGUUGUCCCAAAAGUGGGAAGGCAGGUGACAAGCUUAGGUCCAAAAUAAGCCCAUAGAAACAUAUUGGCCUUAAUUUGGACAGAUUUUGGCGAGAGUGAAACCUCUCGCUUCGCCUCUUCCUCUCCGUUUACACACACACCCCAAGAUCACUUCUUCCUCUCUGACAAGCGGUUUCAACUCUCUAUUUGCAUUUGAGGUUUGGUACAACAGAAUCGGUCAUAUGGACACCAAAACACAUUGAAACAUUAUUUUACUGUAAUAGAGGAGACGUUAAUCUUUCUAAUGAUACCCUUUUUAUGUCUCAACUCCUCAAAUUGUGCGCAAAGCAGACACUACUAAAACAGGAGUAUCAAUGAACAUUCAUUCUGGAAAAUUAAUACUCAGUUUGUCGCGUGCCUGCAUUGCGGUACCACAUACUGCUAGCAGCAUUUUAUUCAAAGACUGUUAUACUAGCUGUCUAGUCUGUGUUUUAUAAAUGUGCAAUAAGCAUAAAACACAAUUAAAUAAGGAAUUGGCAACUCGUUCUCAUUCUGAAAAAUAAGGUAGGCCACUUGAUUUCAACACCUGAAAAAAGUGGAUAGGCUAGCAGUUGGAGAAGGACAGAAGGGUGUGUUCAACUGUUCUGCCUUGUUAGCUAGAAAAUAGAUCCAAGUUGGCUAAACUUGAAAUAUAAAGAUUAGCUGGCUACUUACUAGCAUGUGGGCUUGUGCUUGAGAGAUUGUUUAUGAGACCUGUGUUAAUGUUCUAUAAUGUCUGCUACAAGAAGUUAGUCAUUAUUAGUGAAUGUGCAUUAUGCAUGGUUCUGGUUAAAGGGGCAUUUCAUAGACAUACUUGAAAGCCAGAUCAGUGGUUAUUGCAAAAAAGCACGUUAAACUACGCUGAACAAAAAUAUAAAACGCAAUAUGUAAAGUGUUGGUCCCAUGUUUCAUGAGUUGAAAUAAAAUAAUUGGCCAUACGCACAACAAGCUUAUUUCUCUAAAGUUUUGUGCACACAUUUGUUUACACCCCUGUUGGUGAGCAUUUCUCCUUUAGCAAGAUAAUCCAUCCAUCUGCCAGGUGUGGCAUAUCAAGAAGCUGAUUAAACAGCAUGAUCAUUACCACAGGUGCACCUUGUUUCUGGGGACAAUAAAAGGCCACUCUUAAAUGUGCAGUUUUGUCACAGAUGUACCACAGAUGUCUCAAGUUUUGAGGGAGUGUGCAAUUGGCAUGCUGACUGCAGGAAUGUCCACCUGAGCUGUUGCCAGAGAAUUGAAUGUUAAUUUCUCUACCAAAAGCCGCCUCCAACGUUGUUUUAGAGAAUUUGGCAGUACGUUCAACCGGCCUCACAAUCGCAGAUCACAUGUAUGGCGCCAUGUGGGCGAGCGGUUUGCUGAUGUCAACGUUGUGAACAGAGUGCCCCAUGGUGGCGGUGGGGUUAUGGUAUGGGCAGGCAUAAGCUACGGACAACGAACACAAUUGCCUUUUAUCGAUGGCAAUUUGAAUGCACAGAGAUAACGUGACGAGAUCCUGAGGCCCUUUGUCGUGCCAUUCAUCCGCCGCCAUCACCUCAUGUUUCAGCAGGAUAAUGCACGGCCCCAUCUGUACAUAAUUCCUGGAAUCUGAAAAUGUCCCAGUUCUUCCAUGGCCUGCAUACUCCCCAGACAUGUCACCAAUUGAGCAUGUUUGAGAUGCUCUGGAUCGACGUGUACGACCUCGUGUUCCAGUUCCCGCCAAUAUCCAGCAACUUCGCACAGCCAUUGAAGAGUGAGACACCAUUCCACAGGCCACAAUCAACAGCAUGAUCAACUCUAUGAGAAGGAGAUGUGUCGUGCUGCAUGAGGUAAAUGGUGAUAAUACCAGAUACUGACUGGUUGUUUGAUCCACGUCCCUUCCUAUUUUUUAAGGUAUCUGUGACCAACAGAUUCAUAUCUAUAUUUCCAGUCAUGUGAAAUCCAUAGAUUAGGGCCUAAUGAAUUUAUUUCAAUUGACUGAUUUCCUUAUAUGAGCUGUAACUCAGUAAAAUCUUUGAAAAUGUUGCAUGUUGCAUGUAUAUUUUUGUUCAGUAUAUUUUGAUCAAAUAAGUACAUUAUUAGUGGGUCUUAUGGUUGUGGAAGGCUUAUAUUUAUUUUUAUUUCACACGCCCUCAAUUCAUUACAUUAUUGCUGACUGUUUGAAAUGAAGUGUAUUUGACCUUCAAUUGUACAACAAAGCUUAUUUAGAGAAAAAAAAUUUUUAAUGUAGAUGUAUAUCGUGAAUCUAGAAACGAAAAAAUUUAGAUAUGAUUUUUAGGCCAUAUCGCCCGGCCCUAGCCCCUCCCACUGUCUACAUCCCUUUGUCCCACCAAUCACCUCCCCUCCAACCAGCUACCCCUCUAUUACCCUCCUCACCCCCCUAUGCGGAAGGUGACUGUUUACAGACAAACAUGGCUACCCCCUCCCCCUAACAUCUCUGAAAGCAAUCUGUUGUGCCAGGGGUCCUGUGAGUAGGGCAUUAUAAAUGCAGGGUGAAAUGUGCGGGUGUCCGUGGCAUCUGCCCAACUGCAACAUGAAGAUCAGACAGAAGGGCUGGAGUUGGUCAGGGAGCAACAGCGCUCAUUUGUAAUGAGCGCUGUUCCCCCAAUUACAUGAAUGCUGAAAAACACACUCACGCUGUGAAACACAUACAUUGCAGAAACAUAUCCGUUUGUCUCCUUCAAUUCCACGCCCUUGUGCUUGUGUGUAUUCAUGAUUAUGUGUGUAUAUCAGUGAAUCACUUUGUUUUUUCUUUGAGUGUCUCACCUCUGUUUCCUUCAGGAUCCCAAGGCUCACUAGGGUAUUGGGUUAUUAUCAAACACCAUAUCAGGGAGCGCUCAUUCCAUAUAUAGUUAUAUAUGUACAACUAUAUAAAUAUAUAAUGAUGGGCGGCAAACUUCCAGGCCUGAUUUCCCAGGUGGCUGUUGGGAGGGUCUCAUUAAGGUGCUAAAGAAUGCAGUCACCCAGGAAGUCAAACAGAAAUGGUUCAGAGGAAAGAUGAGAUGAGAUGCCAGUUCUCCCCUUGUCUGUCAUCUUCCCCUCUCCUCUCUCUGCGCUCUCCUUUUUAACAAGAAGAAACAUUACAGACAGCCUGAUCUAGCAGAGUCUUUUUAAGUUCAGUUCUUUUUACCUGUUCUAACUGGGUCAGUGUACAGGCCCAGUAGGAGUGUAGCCAUCCCACACAGACACUCUCCCGCGGGGCUAGUAGCCUCUAAGAGGGAGGGAGGCCCGGGCCUGGAGAAGCUGGUGGGGCUAGUUACCCUGUUAGCCACAUUUUUGAGGAUUUGGGGUUUUGGCAUUUAAGGGUAGUUGGGCACGUAAAACUGACGAGAGAGUUUAUGAUUGUGUUUUUGAUUAUGUGUGUUGAGGUUUUGAAGUAUAUCAUGAUUUGAAGCACAUCGGUAUCUGCCAGUGUAAAGUUUUCUGUUUCAAGGAAUGACAAUUAUUCUGCUGUUCUAGCCCCAAUAAUGAGCUUAAAAUUUGAAUUUUCCUCUCUCUCUCUCUCUCUCUCUCUCUCUCUCUCUCUCUCUCUCUCUCUCUCUCUCUCUCUCUCUCUCUCUCUCUCUCUCUGCCUCUCUCUGCCUGCAGAGGUGCGGUUGCAGGUGGAGGAGUCUGUGUCUAACAUCACUGUGUCCCAGUCCGGUUCCAUCCGGUUGGGCUGCAGCAUCCCUUCCCAGUCCUCCCGAGACUCCCGCUUCUCAGUGUCCUGGUACGUGGAGCGCUCCUUCACGCGCUCCCUGGAGGAGGAAGAUGAGGAAGAGGCAGACAGAUUGUGUGUGUUCUCCAUUGGACACGAUGCCGUAUUCGGGAACGGGAACUGUAGCCCCACUGAGGAGGCGGGGCCUAACUCACGUCUGCAGUUUGAGAGGACAACCUCUGACCUCUACAGCCUGACCAUCCAGGGGGCACAGCCCACUGACGCAGGGCACUACUACUGUCACGUGGAGGAGUGGCUGCUCAACCCCCGCAAUGCCUGGUAUCGCCUGGCGACCAACAACUCUGGUGUCACCAUCGUCAACGUGAUCCAGCAGGGUAAAUCAAUCAAUCAAUCUAACAUUUAUUUUUAAUAGUGCUUUUUUAAAUAAAACAGAUGGUGCCACAUGGUGAAUGACAAUGGCCUGGGGCUACAAAAAUAACAUUUCAGCUGCACUGCGUUUUUUUCCAACCGUGGCCUACCAACUUCUCCCAUUUGUAUCAUUAUCAUUCUACAGAUGGCAUAUGAGAUCAUUGGCUCGUGCUGAUCUUACUGAUGAUUCUGGUCUUUGAGUUAGUACUGACACAGUCACAUCUACGACUAUUGGCUGCUAUAAGUAGCAUGCCAAAGAAACAUCAAACUACACCAUAAUGGAAUGCUCUCCAUUGAUGUCAUCUUUUCAUCCGUAUGGCACUCUCAUCCAAUUUUCUCUUUUCUCUCUCUUAUCUCCCCCCAUCUUUCUCUCUCCCUCCCCACAGUCUCUACCCUGCAGUCGGUGGUGUGCUCCAAUGACUCUCUCUUCUACUUUAUCUUCUUCUACCCGUUCCCCAUCUUCGGCAUCCUCCUCAUCGCCGUGCUCCUGGUGCGCUAUAAGAGCCGCAGCCACAGCAAGUCCCAGGAGGGCAAGAACGGCGCCCCCUUACUGUGGAUCAAAGAACCCCACCUCAGCUACUCGCCCACCUGCCUGGACCCCCCCGUCCUCAGCCUGCACCCUGGCUCAGUGGAG